AUGGGUGAAGAUUUGGAAAUUAGUGAUGUUGAUGUGAGACAACGAAAAUCGGGUAAAAAUAAGAAUCUGAGUGAUGAUAUUUUAACGAUCGGUGGUGGUGGUGGUGGACAUGGGUCAAGCAAGAGAAGAAGAAGAGGUCGUGGUGGUGGUGAUAGGGCUGAAGGAAUUAGAGUUAUCCCUGAAGAGGAAAUUAUCGUUGAACCAAAGAAAGGAAAAUUGUCAUCAGGAUAUGAUGAUUCAAGUUCAGAUAGAGGAGAGAUAAUUGCUGAAGUUUCUGAGAAUAUUGAAGCUCAAUCAAGUGAGAUUCAAGACGAACCUGAGGUUUAUCAGGAUUCUCAGAAUCAAGGUUAUUUCGCCAAUGAGCAAGUGAAUAUUGAACAAGAACCAUUAGAGUCUAGAUCUUGGACGAAUGAUGAGAAUAAUUAUCAAUCAGAAAAUCAACCAGAAGAUUCAAUCACUUCGUUCCAAGAGCCCGAAUGGGUUGAUAGUUCUAAUCAACAAUCGGAUCAUGAUUACAGUCAACAGACAUGGCAGAAUGAAGAACAGUCUGAACAACAAAAUCAACAUGUAGAAGAGCCGAUAAUUGAACAACAAUUACCACAACCAGAACAAGUUGAACCUUUCGAAUCGCAUCACAUUGAUGAGCCAUAUGAACUUUCAAAUGAUGAACAAUUAGCUCAAUCAUCUUUUGAAACGAAUCCAGAAAUUGUUGAAACAAACGAAAAUGAACAAGUAAACGAAGGAAUAUACACUGAAUGCCCUGAGGGCAGUUACUGGGAUGGAUUGUCAUGUGUAAAUCCAGAAUCAUUUGUUCAAAUGGACGAUUUUAAUAACGAUCAUGAAAAGAAACCAGAAACCGUUGAAGGAAACAUCUUCUAA